AUGAAUAAAAAAAAUAAUAAUUUUAAGUAUUUAUUUUUAAUAAUAAUAAAUUUAUUUUUAAAAACUGCAAGUGCAGCAACAAAAAAUGGUUUAGAUGUGAACCAAUAUAACUGUAUGGUGGAUCUUUUUACAUCAAAUCAAAUUUUGAACCAGGUUAAUUUGGCAAACCUUAAUUAUAAUUUUUGUGAUUUUGUUAAAGGAUUUCAAUGUAAUACUGCUACUUAUUUUAUUGAAAAAGUAACAUUAAAUUAUCCUAUAGGACAAGUUCCCAUACCAUUAAUUACAACUAGUUUUGCAUGUAUACCAACAAUGACUCAAUUAGUAAUAAAUAAUUUCGAUGUUGGAUCUUUCAUAUCAACAAAUAAUGUUAAAUUACAAAGAUUGGAAUUAAAUAAUUGUACAAAAUUAUAUCCAUUGCCAGUUUUAAGUUCAAUUAUUGAAGAUGUUUACAUUUUUAAUAAUGAUAAUUCGCACAAUGAGAGUAGAGUGUCAAUUGAUUUUUCAAGUAUUAUAAAUUUAAGAUCAUUUACCUUGGUUGAUUAUACAAGAAAUGUGUCAUAUACAAGAUUAAUAGGUAUACCAACAACUUUUAAAUUAUCUUCUUUAACAACACCUGUUGCAGAAAUACCAAUUUUAACAAAUAUGAACUUGACACUUUCAAUUUUCUUUAAUAAUUAUGUAAAUAGAAAUUCAUUUAUAAAUUUUAAUACAUUCAAUUUAAUAAGUUCUCUUACUUUAUCAUCUUAUUCUCCAAAUACAUUAAUACCAUUUCCAUUUGAUUUACAAAAUAUACCAACUGGUGCUCCACUUACACUAUUUAUUUCUCAUGUUUGUUUUGAACCAAUAGUUUCAAAUACUUCUGAUGAUUAUUUUGCAGAUUUUUCAAAUCUUAAAAAAUUAAUUUUAUUUGGUGCUUUGUGUAACAGUAAACAACCAUUACAAAAAUCAUAUUUUCCAAUUAAAAAACUUCAAGAUGGGCCAACCCAAUAUUUUUAUUUUGAAGGUUACAAUUUUCAUCCAUUUUCAUUUGACAUAUUUUCAACUGUUGCCGUAUUAUAUUUAACACAUAAUAAUUUAACAGGUGUAAUUCCAAUUAAAAAAGCAAUUGAACAAGAUGUAGAUUUAUCAAAUAAUCAAUAUAUAGGUCGUUUAGAUGAUUCAUAUUGUACUUCAUAUGUCAAUGUAAGUAAUAAUGUAGGAAUAAAUGAUAUCCCAACUUGUUUUUCUUGUCAUUGGAGUAGUUUUAUGCAACCAUAUUUCCGGAAUAUAAGUUUUGUAAAUUCAAAUCAAUGUAAUAGUAUUAUUCCAAAUUUAAAGGUUGAAACUGAUGGACUUAUUAUAUUGUAUGGUAAAGAUCUUGGUUUUUCAAACAUUGAUUUUGAAACUACACCAUCAUUAAUUUGGAAAAGAAUUCCAUCCUCAAAAGGUACAUCAUUUUCUGCAAAUUAUUCAUCAAUUGCUAAUUUUGGGUCAUUGUCAACAAUGGAUAUUCUAUACUAUUAUCCAAAUAAGAUUUAUACAGUUUCAUUAUCUCCAAUGUUUCCAGAAAUUUAUAAAGUGAAAGUAGUUUCACAAGAUACAUUCGACAUUUAUGGUAAAUUCUUUACAUAUAAUAUUACAGAUGUGUCAAUUGAAAUUGGUGAUUUAAUUCAACCAUUAAUUUGUUAUGUAUCAUAUACAAGUUUUGAUUAUAUUAGUUGUUCAUUGGAAAAUAUAUUAUCAUUAUUAAUUGAAUCACAACCACCAGUAUUUGAAACAAAUGUUAUACCAAUAGAUGAUAAUUCAGGUAUUACAAUAAAAUUAUCAUCAAUUAAAGUUUCUAUUGGUUCAUUAAGUUCAAAAGUUUAUUUUACAAAUACUGUUGGAGUGGAGAGUAAUAAUAGUUGUAUUGCUUCUUGUCCAGUUGGACAAUAUUGUAGUUUAAAUUCUGCUACUUGUGUAGUACCUGACCCACUCCCAACCUCACCACCACCAGGUAAUUGUAAAAAUAAUUGUUCAGGUAAUGGUGUUUGUUUAGCUGCUUCAAGUCUAUGUGUAUGUAAUGCAGGGUUCUCAGGUGAAGAUUGUUCAGGUAAAUUUUGUUCAAGUAGUUGUAGUGCAGAUUUAUCACCUUCUCAAGGUUUAUGUAACAAUGUAAAUGGUGAAUGUGAAUGUUUUAAAUAUUACACUGGUUCAAAAUGUGAAUUGCCAAAUCACUUUGUUUCAUCAAAUGUACCAUGUUCUAUCAAUGGUGGUACUGUAUUAUUAUAUGGUUGGUUUGGUACUAAUAAUACAAACGUUUUAGUUCAUAUUGGUGAUGCAAAGUGUAUGAAUGUUAUUGUAAAUUCAUCUCAAAUACAAUGUACUAUUGAAAAGGGUUCCAUUGGUAUAAAGUCAAUUAAUGUAACUCAAAAUUCAAUAGUUUGGUAUGCCAAUAAUGCUUAUGAAUAUAUAAAUCCAGUUAAACAAUGUUCAAUUCCAAAUUGUAAUAAUCAUGGUACAUGUAAUCAAAAUACAGGUAAAUGUGAAUGUAGUAAACCAUAUAGUGGCUAUGAUUGUUUAGCUUUUGACCAAGCAAAUUCAGGAGGUACUACCACAUCACCAUCAACACAACCACCUAUUGCAAUACCAGAAUCAAAACCAGUUAUUAAUACUACAACAGGUUCAGCAGAAAUUACAAAUGAACAAACCAAUUAUAAAAUAUUAUUAAAAUCAAUUGUUGAAUUAGAUUUUUCAAAUAAUGUAGUUUUUGAAUAUAUAUUGGAUGGAAAAUGGUCACUUUCAGCUUCAAAAAAUGGUGAUUCAGUUGUAACAAAUUUCACACAAACCAUUAAUAAUACAACUAAAAUAACUUCGAGUAUUGAAGAUUUAUCAUCAGAUAAGAAUUUUACAUUUGCAGGUAUUGAUUUCACUGUUAAAAGUGGAUCUGUUAAAGUAUCUGUUGAAAUUUUAAAUUGGUCAUUCUUAAAUUCAUUAAAUACACUUCAAUUAAGAAUGGAAUCAUUAGUUUCAAAUGAUGGUGAUGAUAAAAAUAAUAUAAAUAAAUGUAAUUUAGAAAAUGAUGAAACUAAUGUAUCAAGUGAUCAAAAUCCACUUCAAUUUAAUAGUAAUUUAAAUAAUGUUAAAAUUGAAAGGAAUGCUAAAAUUCUAUACGGUAGAUUCUUAAAUAGAGCAUUAUCAGAUGGUAGACCAACAUUCAUAACAAAUCAAAUCGUAUCAAAUUCAUCAAAUUCGUUAAUAGUAGGCAUUAACCUACCACAUUGUAACAGCGAAUGUGUAAUUGAUCCAGACUUUUCAGUAUUAGUUUCAUCAGAUUUUAAAUCUGCAGAUUCUUGUUCUCCUCAUUCCGAAGACUCCAAUAGAAAGUGGGUAUUACCAGUUUCAAUUGUUGUCAGUGUUUGUUAUGAUUUAUCGUAA